ACAGAACUGAACCAGUGAUAUUUCUACUGCCUGCUUGUGUAUUUUGGCUGCUACUGCCCUUCCACGAGUCUGCAGUCUGAUGACCUUACUUGUUUGUGACAUUUCAGGAUUGUUUCAGAUUUUCAAACAUGGGAAAAAGGAAAACUGAAAAUGAAGCCAAGGAGCAGAGCAGAAGUGACACAGAGAUGUGACAGACGCACUGUGAAGAUAUGGAAGGGACUAGGAGGUCUUCCCUUCUUCAGAGGCAAACAUAUGUAGUAUAAUUUCUUGAAACUAAUAGCUUCCUAUAAGGCAUUGCAGUGGGAAGUCACUCUUGGAAAAAAAGUUUAAACGGUUCUGCCAAAAACAACAAAGUUUUCCAAGUUUCCAAAAUAUGAUGGAAAAUAUCCUUCGGGGUCAGCAAGCUGAACUGCAAGCUCUUCCCAGGACUGCAACCAGAAACACAGAAAGAUGGAUCCAUUCCAAGAGAGGCUGCUGAGGCCAGGAGCAGCAAGGGAAGACGUCACAGCAAACUCUCUGGCCCCAUAGCACUGUCUGUGGAGCGGGUGGCAGCUGCUCCCGGGCAGAGCUGCUAUGGCCCAGGCACAGUUCAGUGUCUGGCUGGUCCUGUGUGUGUUUGCUGGAUCCCAGAAGCUGACAGAUGAACAUCCUUACAGUGGCACCAACACACCUCACCGCAGCCCAGAGGACGCCAACAUCAUGCUAGAGAUGCUCUGGGGAAGGCUGGAUAUUCAGGCCAACGGGACGAUCCGGCUGCGGGAUGAAGAGCUGGCCUCCCUGCGCCCUGCACGCCGGUUCCUGCGGAUUUUAGAGGAUGAGGUUCCCAAAACACCGCCAGAGAUUGAGCAGCACCUGAGAUAUUAUUCACUGACUGACACCCCCUUGCCUCUAACAGAGUUUGACCGUCUCCUUUUUACUAGUGUAUACUCUGCCUAUCAGGUUCGUUCCACGCAGGGUUUGGAUAAAAAUCUCUGGAUUCGUUUUUUCUCUCAGCUGGUUGAUGAAGUCUUUCGUGACCUGUGCAAGGGGCUCUGCCCUGCAAAUACCACCCUCCUCCUGGCUUCCUGGCCUUGGAAGGAGAAGCCUUCCCAUUUAGCAUCCCUGAAACACUUCUAUCGUUCUAACCUGGCCAGGAUCAGGAGAGAUACUUAGUGAGGGAAACUACCAUAGGAGAGGACACACCUGACUUUAGCUGCAUCCUAGGUUAUUUUCAAUGCUUUCUACGUUGUGCGGGACUUUGUACAAAUAUAUCACAUCUUUUUGUUCUGCUUUCUGCACUGUGCUGGCAACCCUGUAAGACUUUAUUCGCAACCUUUUACUUUUAAAUGAAAAAACACAAAACUAUAAAGUGCAUUUUACCCUCUCCUGAUUUUUUGACGAGUGGGGUGUCCUGAGGGCAGCAGUGCUAUUUAGAUGUCUUAUCUAUCUUGGUCACUGAUGCUUACAGGGGAGAGGGCUUGGAAUUAUUUUUCCAGGAUGUUAUGCUGGUGUCCUAGCUGACUGCAUUUCGCAUCAUUCAGUUCAGCCUCCUUAUAUUCUCCCUGUGGUUUCAGUCAAAUACAGGAUCUUUUCUCCUCUCCAGUAAGCAGCUAAGCAGAUUUUGCUGUGUUUCAUGAUAUAGCUCUUAUAUUUAAUUUCAUUUUUCUGCUCAUGUGGCAUCACAUUUUGUAUGUCAAUAGUAAUUUCCCAUCUCUUGUAUUCAUUUUUCUUUAAAAAGCAACCUGAAAAUGUAUGUAUUCCAUGAAGCUUUCUAGCAUUUGCAUGUCAUAUUUACACACAUACACAGCUUUGUUUCAGUUAUCAGUGUGGAAUAUACUUCCUGAAAUCUCAUUGAAAUUCUGAAGGAUUGUGACCUAGAUAUUUCUUCAGCAGAUUUUGCCUCUCUUCUAUAAAGUUUUUUUUUUUUUAUAGCUAUAGCACUUUACAAGCAAAACAUUAUAAAUAUUCAAUCACUAUCCUCAAAAUCAGAAAUAUAA